CCCUCCAUGGGCCGGCGCGGCCGGCGCUGAGCGCCGGGAGGCAGCGCCCGGCGGCGCCCGGCUGCCGCGAUGAGCGGCGGGGAGGUGGUGUGCUCGGGCUGGCUCCGAAAGUCACCGCCGGAGAAGAAGUUGCGGAGAUACGCAUGGAAGAAACGCUGGUUUGUCCUGCGCAGCGGUCGGAUGAGUGGCGACCCCGAUGUCCUGGAGUACUACAAAAAUGACCACUCCAAGAAACCUCUGCGCGUCAUCAACCUCAACUUCUGCGAGCAAGUGGACGCGGGCCUCACCUUCAACAAGAAGGAGCUGCAAGACAGCUACAUCUUCGACAUCAAGACAAGUGACAGGACCUUCUACCUGGUGGCUGAGACUGAGGACGACAUGAACAAAUGGGUCCGCAGCAUCUGCCACAUCUGUGGCUUCAACCAGUCCGAGGAGAACACAGACACCCUGAGGAGCAUUGCCUCCAUGAACCACGCCCCGCGCUCCUCCCCAGCCGAGCUCAGCAGUGCCAGCCACCACCUGCUGCGAGAGCGCAAGUCCUCAGCGCCGUCCCACUCCAGCCAGCCCACCCUGUUCACCUUCGACUCACCUGCCAGCCACCUCCAGAGCACCCUGUCUGCCAGUGCCCCCCAGGACUACCUUUUCCUGCACCAGUGUAUGAGCAGAAAGUCAGAAAAUGCAAGGAGUGCCAGCUUCUCCCAAGCCACGAGGUCUGCCUUCUUCAUGCGGAGCGACACGGCAGUCCAGAAGCUCUCGCAGGGCAACGGGCACUGCAUGAACGGCGUUGGUGGGCAGCUCCACGGCUUUUACAGCCUGCCAAAACCCAGCCGGCACAACUCGGAGUUCAGGGACAGUGCCUACGACCUCCCGCGCUCCUUUGGCUCCUACACCCACCCCAAGUCAAGCCUCACCAGCUCUGAAACUGAUAAUGAGGAGGUCUACACCUACAAGACUCCCAACAACACCCUAUGCAAGGAGUUUGGGGAGCUCUCCACGGACUCCUAUGACAUCCCUGCCACCCCACUCUCCAUCUACCAGAUCCCCAGGACAUUUACACUGGACAAGAACCACAACGCUCUGGCUGUGGCCGCCAGCGACUCGCCCGCUGCACCACCCCCACGGCCCCCAAAACCUGGGCAGACAGAGCCACGGUGGGGCAGCCCACCCCAGCGGCCCCAGCCUGGUGAAAAUUUAGGUCUGACGCCCAUGCCAGCCACCAUUCCCCGGAGAAACACACUGCCAGCAAUGGAGAACAGCAGACUGCACCGAGGUGAAUUUGGAGCUUCUUCUUGUGAGACGUACGAGUACCCCCAGCACGGGGGCGGCAGCGCUGUGCAGUCGGUCGAGUCCAUGAACGAUGGCUACAACUCCUACCUGCAGGCCAAGGCAGCGGUGGCCCGCUCCCACAGCACCGACUCCGAGGACAACUACGUCCCCAUGAACCCUGGUUCCUCACCCCUAAUCCACGCCGAGAAAGCCAACGACAAUGCCCAAAGUCUCUACAUCCCCAUGAGCCCUGGGCCGCAUCACUUUGACCUGGUGGGGUUGUCCUCAGCCACCCUUCCCGUGCAUAAAGGAGGAGCCGUGGCUCAGUGCCACCGACGGCUGAGUGAAAUCCAGCCCCCACCAGUCAACCGCAACCUCAAACCCGACCGGAAAGCAAAGCCAUCACCGCUGGACCUGAGGAACAAUACUGUCAUUGAUGAGCUUCCCUUCAAAUCACCAGUCACAAAAUCCUGGUCCAGGCCAACGCACACGUUCAACGCUGGCUCUCUGCAGUACUGUCGCCCUGUCUCCUCCCAGAGCAUCACCAGCACUGACUCGGGAGAGAGCGAGGAGAACUACGUGGCAAUGCAAAACCCCAUUUCUGCUUCUCCUGUUCCUAGUGGUACCAACAGCCCAGCACCUAAAAAGAGUUCGGGGAGUGUGGAUUACCUGGCCCUGGACUUCCAGCCAAGCUCUCCAGGGCCACACAGGAAGCCCUCCACCUCGUCGGUCGCCUCAGAUGAGAAGGUUGAUUACGUGCAAGUGGACAAGGAGAAGACGCAGGCGCUGCAGAGCACCAUGCAGGAGUGGACUGAUGUGCGGCAGUCCUCGGAGCCUGCCAAGAGCAUGAAGCAGUAGUGCCUGCAGCAGGCAGCGAAACAGGCCAAUGCCCUGUUGGUUUUCCCCAGCUGCGACCCCGCUGGGCUGCCAGACCCACUUGGGCUGGAUUUCUAAGACUUGUCUGUGGAGAGGAGGGGGUGUCACUGGUUUUUUUUCUCUUAAAACAAAACUUAAUUUCAGGGGAAGACUUGGCGGAUACUGUUUGCCAGUGAUAAAGACCAACUAUGUUUGGUGGCUAGGUUUGUGCUUUAGCUGCUGGAUGCGCUAUCCAGGAACUUUGACUUAGCAAUACCAGGUUUCACCCUACACAUCUUUUCCUUACAGCUAUUAAAGCCACCUUGUAUGUGCUAACACUGCAUCAUCUCUCCCCAUCUUCUUCCAUAUCGUAUCCUAAACCAUGCCACGCAGGUUUGAAGUAUCUCCCAUAGGAUAUCACUGCCCAGCUCUGAUUCUCCACUCCUCAUGGUUGUCCUCUUCUCUGCCUCCUCCCAGUCCCAAAACUAAGCGAGGACCAUUGCUUUUGAAAUCACUUCUGUUGUCCUGUCUCUUGUAAAUAAUAUGUUCAAAACCUCUGAGGGUUUUUCUGCUCCUGGCUGGACAGUUGCCAAGGUUUUGGUUGGGGUUGUUACCACCUUCAGGAGCUUAACACACUAUCCACACCAUCCCAUUGAGCUGACUUAGGAGCCCAGGACUUGGCCCAUCAUACACACACACACACACACAUGCCAGCACAUGCUCUCAUGAGUUUGUUGGGGUUUCUUCUGUUUAUAUUCUCCAUUAACUCUGGAAGUGAAUGGGCUGUAGAGAUUGGUUUUGGAAGGGGCUGAAGGGAUUGGCUUUGGAAGGUAGAAUUUAAGCACUGACCCACUGUCUAUCUGAAACCAGUUCCUGUGAAUCUGACCCUAAAAACCAAAGUUUGCCUUUUGUGGCACCAAAAGAAGCCCAUUGAGUGAGAGUCCUGCAUCGUGGCCAUUGUGAGAAGCUCUGUGAUUGAGUAUGAGGGGGCAGGGAGACUCUGCAGACCCUGUGUAUGUGGACUGGCAUAAGGAUGAGUAACCAGAAGGGAGUGGAAGGCUGCUAUGAGGACUGGGAGAAGGCAGGUGCUGUAUUGCAGAGGUUGGUUCUGGGUGAGGAGAUGUGGUGGAAUGUUUUUUUUAAGAAAGAAGAGCAAUUGAAAUGUUGGUUGAUGGUAAAGUCAUAGGCUUGGGAAGAGGCUGGUCAGGAGAGUCAGGGCAGGGCGUUUCAGUAUGAGCUUUAACAUAGCAUUGUGGUUGGUUUGUGGAGAGUGCAAAAGGCGGAACUGUUUUCCCCUCAUCUUCAGCAGUGUUUCUUCACCACUAAACUGGGGCUUGCUGACAUUAAUGACCCUAGGCUCUAAUUAUGGGGAGAAUCUGCUGUCGUCCCUUGCCAGCAUCCUUAACACAUACAGGCUUUGAGAUCACUCGCCAGGCAGCUGCUGAGCACAGAGAGAAGAGAAGGAUGAGACAGUUUAAUGCAGAGAUAAUAAUUCAUGAUCUCAUGAAAACAGGAAGAACUAAUGAUUGCCAUGGAGCAGCCUGAUUGCCAGACAGCAAGCGCUGACACGAAUAAACAGGCUGACCGCAAACCAAGAGCCAAAUGAAGGAGACAUUAGAAAGAUUAAGUAAUAAUAUUUAUUAAAGAGCUGGAGCUAUUCUUUCUGCAAGCUGAACCCCUCCCAGUGCUGUGGGCUCUGUAUUCCACCAACACCACCAAGUUAUAUUGAUUAUUAAUGCUUUAAACAUUAACACAUUUGCUUAAUCUUGGUCUGAGCUUGGAAGGGGCCAGACGUGACCCACAUGGGGAUAGGAUACCAGUCCCUGAAGGGCUAUGUGCUGCUGUGUGCUGGUAAAAUAAGUCUUGAGCUUUCAACACCAUUUUGUAUUUUCUUCUCGCAUGCCAUGAAAGGGAAGGAUGUUAAUGGAAAAGCUCUUGACAACCCUGUUGAGACAUUGAAGUGUUGGACUUUUAUAGAAACAAUGAAGCAAAUACCCUAAUGUUUAUGCUAAAAAUAAUAAUUACUAGAAGGAAAAAAAAAAACCCCAAAGCCCCAGAGGGGAAGACUUAGCACAGUCAGAUGCUUUCUGAAGGUCAGGGAGUGUGUUGCAGCCUGCAAAGGCCAUUGCCUCCUGCUGGAGGCUUGCACACUUGCAUGGUGAGAUGACAAAAAGAAGACUAGAAUGCAGUACUUCAUAUUUCUAUUUCCCCUUUCAUCUCUGCAUCUCAGGAGAGACUAAACACUGGGCCUGGUCCAGAGCUCACUGAAGUGUGCAUUCAUCCAUCUGGAAGAGAGCUCCCCAUCCCCACCAAAAAGAUUGUCACUCCACUGGGAAGCUGAUUUUUUCCUAUUUCUUCUAAGCUGUUAGCUUUAGUGGUUCAAGAGAGAGCACAGUGGGUUUGAAUGCAGUUUGCUGAGUGGGUGCCCUGUGCUUCUGCACUUGGACUUGGUGCAUCCAGCGCCCACCCCCACAUUUAAUCCAAGGCGUUAAUUAAAACAGAAAAGCCUUUUGUGGUACUGGAGAAACUGGUGCACUCAUUUCACAAGUGUCUUUAUUCAUGGGGCAACCAUUGGCAUGGGAUAGCUCUUUUCCCAGGCUCAGACACUGUUUUGAUAAUUUGCUCUCAUCCCUAGUAACUGGUCCAUUGCAUUUGGCAGACCAAGGACCAAAACAGCCCAAAAGCAGCUGCUUAACUGCUGGUUGCUGGUCCCUCUCUGCUUUGCAGUGAAGUCAGUGUUUUCACUGAAACAGAUACAUUCCUCUACCUUUUCCCCUGCAAAGCACCAAGCAAACAGCACCACCAAACUAAGCAGAAGCCCACAGACUCUGUGCCAUAUAGACAUGACUGAAUCAACCCCUCCUGAAAGCAUUAAGUAAUCAAUGGCUUCAGUGGAAAUAGUCACCCAUGAUGAUUGCCAAGCUGAUUACAGCAGUCCCUGAUGAUUAAUGUUUGUGCAGUAUUUAGUCUUAAACCAUAUUGAAAAGCAGCUGCUUUAAUUACACGGACUGCCAAGAACUUUGUCCUGAAGGCAUUGAGUUUAUCACAUCCACUUUAUAUUUGGAUUCACAAGUAUGACAGGCUCCUUUGUUAGUAAUAGGUAUUUAAGGAAACUGAGAACAUUGCAAAUUAUUCAUUUUAAUUGAAAUUAAACAGGCUUGAGUGUUCUAUGGCUCUAUGGUUCAGUGUAGAAAAGGGAUGUGCUUGCAUGUGUGUGUGCUCAUGGAGAAGGGUUGUCCGUGGCAUUCAGGAAUGCUUGGUCCAUUCCCCCAACUCUGAGCUGGGCAGGAGGAACCCUACAAGAAAUGUGUGGGGACCAGGAAAUGCUGUGAGACAUCUUGCUGAGGGGCUCCCAUGAGCUGCUCAUGGGGCAGCAGUGCCAUGGUUUCACAGGGUUGUCCCUUGAGGUGCCAUCUUCAUCCUUGGAGCUUUUCAAGACCAGUCUAGGUCAACCCCAUAGCUGACCCUGCUUGGAGCAUUUCUUCCACACUGAGACCCUGUGCUGCUGGGGUUGAGUGGAGACUCCUCCAUGUGAGGGAAGGGGCUCGAGGGGUUGCUUAGAGCCCUAUAAUGUCCAAAACAGGGACAGGGCCACUUCUCUGGCCAUGAAGCCAAGUGACAAGGCACACAGAUAAACAUGUAAGGCCAUAUUCCCCAGUGAGAAGGCCUAAUCCACACUGGGCCAUCCCUUGCACCUGGGAAAGGGCUGGCUGGCCCAGAACAAGUGAUCCAGGACAUGGACUGGCAGUUCUAGCAGCUGGGAGACAGCUUGAACCUGUAAAUUUGUUAGGCUAGAUCCAGACCUCUUAGCAAACCCAUGCCACCUCCACACCCUGGUAUACCAGGAAGAGUUGGCUUGUUUUGGCUAUCCAAUGAUCAUGGCUCCUUGGGUGGGGAGAGGGGUACAGCCAUGUCCAGGCAUUAUGGAAGAUGUUAAAAUAGUUUCCAGGUCCUGUCUGACCUUUCUGGCCUAGGAGGCAAGUAAAAGGAUGGUUUCCUCAAGUUGUGCUUGCAUUGUGUUUGUGUUUUCCCACCUGGUCAUGUAAAAGUUCCAUUCCAUGUAAAAGCUGACACCCACAGUGUGUGUCCCAUGGGAGGGAUGCUGUCUAGAUGAGGUGGAUGCAGCCAAGCUGUGAUUAUGGAGAAGCCCUAGUUCUACAGGAGGGCAGAAGAGCAAAGUCUAACCAGCACCAGCCAUAGAACACACAUGGCUAUCAAAGAGCCAUCAAGAAAAUCAAGAGGCACCAGUCCAGCAUCAAAACACAAGGACCAAUAAGCCAGUGGAGGGCCUCUGAUGAGUCUGAGUGCCUCUCUUCUCUGCCCAACCUUCCCACAUGUACACAAUGAUCUUGCAGCUGUUAAUGAGGCUCACACUUUUUGAUCAUGAUUCCUCCUUGGUCUGGAGCAGUUCAUCCCUCUGUCAGCCUGUCCUUGGUGUCUCAUCAUUGUAGUCACAAUUUUAUCUCCUUGUUCACAACUCCUAGUGUUGUACUGUUGGUCAGGUUGCUGAUUUAGUGUCUUCUCUUGAGAAAAGUUGAUAUGUAGCAAGGUGUCACAAUACAGCUGUCCCCUUCCAGCCCACGGCCAGCUGGUCCUGGCACGUGGUGUUCCAAGUUUUAACACCAGCCAGUAAUAUCUGAAACAGAAGCUGGGCCACAUGGCUCCAUCCCUUUAGCUAAAAAAGCUUCUCAACAGACUUGCUCCAAAUCAGCAGGCUCAUAAUUUUUGAUGUAGCCCAUUGCUAACACAUAACAGGUUCAUUUGUAGGUCAGUGGGUUGACCAUAUGGGAGAGGUUUGCCCCCAGACCAGGAGAUGAGAAACCAUCAUUUUUAUGGUCAUUCUCUGGGUGACACCACACUGUAUUUUCACAUGGGAUGAGAGGGUUCAUGUGAACUCUGUAUCCUGCUUUUUCUCCGGCUUGUAAAAUGAAGGUUUUUAGUACUUAUUUCCCCACCUCACAGAUAUGUCAUGAGGCGUAAUUAAUUGACAUCUAAUAAUGCAAAGAGCUGUUUUGAGUCUGCAGGCAAUGGCUUGGAAGCAUGUGGUGUUACCCUGUUGUCAUGCCCAGCAUCAUACAUGGCACCGACACGUCCUGCUCUGCAAAACUCAUUAAAAACCCAUCCUUAACUACCAAGGUGAAAAAAAAACUUGGCAGGAUUUUCUUCUGAGUGGGGGGGGAUGGGGGAAAUGUCAUUUGCACAGUUCUCAGCAUUCCGCCGCCACAUUUACCCUGACAAUACCAUGGGUUUUUGGAGAGCAGUAUGGACGUGGUGGUUGAACCACGUUGCAGAGAGGGAAAAGGAUAAAGACCCUGAGCUCCACAGGGAGCCUGUCAAUGAAUCCUGUAGGGUUAGGACCAAACCUUUAGAGUAGUUAUAUCCCACUCAACCCAGCCCUUGGCAAAGUCAACGUGUCCCCACUGACUUUGGGCAUUGUUGUGUGGGAACAGAUCGGUCAAAUUAGGGUAGUUUUCUCCAUUUGUUUCUUAACCUGCUGCGAGGAGGGGUUGGAGCCCUGGCUGUGAAGCUGUUGCAUCAGCAGCCGAUUCGCAGGGAUGUUUUGUGUGUUUCAAAGCCUAUGACUGUUCUUAAAGAGGAGUAUUUUUAAUUUUUUGAUUUCCAUUUGUAGAAGGAAGGACAAGAGUAAUCUGUGGCAAACUGUACAGUAUGUGUCUUCUUGUGGUGUCACUGUUUGAAUGGUUAUUAAGUUUUCAAAUCACUGUGGACAGCUAAUCACUUAAGUUAUUAAUUUAUUCUUUGGGGGGGUUGUUGUUUGGUUGGUUUUUUUAAAAGUAAUUUGAAACAAUUAUUUAUCCUGUAAAUCGGUCUUGAGUGAAGCCUAGAUAAUACUUUUUUUGCUGUUAAUAAACAUGGUACAUGCCUGACGUGAA